CGGCAAGAAUGCGGAGAGUCCGCAUGUGCGCCGCAAGUCGGUCAUCCCCAUGGACCCGACAGUGCUGAACGAGCUCAACGCACACAAGAGUCUGGACGACACGAUUCCCAAGUCGCCGACACCGCAGUAGAGCGCGCCCUCCGGCACCCUCGGCUGCUUCUCAUCUCUUCGAAUGCCUAGACGCAGGACUUGCGCAGGCAGCUACGCACUGCGCCAUCGCGUCGGGCUGCACCAGAGUCGUCUCACUGCUGCAUCACUCAGGCAGCCGCUCCUCCUCCACGCCGCGCGCCACGCCCCACCCUCCGCUUUCCAUGCUUGCGCCGCCACCCGCCUCGCUCCAGCGCAAUGCGCCAGCUGCGCUCGCCCUCUGCCCCUUUCCUCAUUCUCGCCCACUCUUAACCUCUCUCAUAUCCCCUUCAUCACCUCCUUCCUGCGGCCAGGACCUGACCCGCUUUGAUCUCGAACAACCCAUGUACACGCGCGCCUGCACAGCUUGUGAAGCCAUGACCACAUCUUGCGCGAGCGAG